AUGUCCCCAUUGCAUCCAUCCAAGGACGCCCUCCAGGGAAUGUUUUACAGCCCACUCUCAGCAACAAACCGCACUCCGUAUCAGGCUCGUGCUGAACUCUUUCCCAUUCACUCCUCUGUCAUUGAAGAUGCCAAGGGUAAAGCUAAGAAGUUGAGCGCUGAAGCAACAGUCGAGUUUGAAAAGGCGAGCGCAAAGGCUCAAGCCAAGACUGGAAAGAUCGAGUUGUACUCUGGUAGAUACUAUGCUGCCUGUACGUUUGGCGGUUUGAUGGCUUGUGGACUCACCCACGCUGCUGUAACCCCUCUAGAUCUUGUAAAAACUCGUCGUCAAGUUGACUCCAAGCUCUACACCAGCAACUUCCAGGCCUGGGGCAAGAUCUAUCGUGGUGAAGGCAUCCGUGGCAUCUUUACUGGAUGGAGUCCUACGCUUUUUGGCUAUUCUGCCCAGGGUGCCUUCAAAUAUGGUUGGUAUGAGUACUUCAAAAAGACCUACUCGGAUAUGGCUGGCCCCGAGGCGGCCACUAAGUACAAAACUGGUCUGUAUCUUGCCGCAUCUGCCUCAGCUGAGUUCCUCGCCGACCUUGCACUCUGUCCCUUCGAAGCUGUCAAGGUACGCAUGCAAGGUUCGAUCCCAAACCCUUAUACCGGAACGGUACAAGGAAUCGGUGCCAUCACAGGCAAGGAGGGUGUUGCUGGCCUCUACAAGGGCUUAUACCCACUCUGGGGUCGCCAGAUUCCUUACACAAUGAUGAAGUUUGCUUCCUUUGAAACUAUUGUCGAGAUGAUCUAUGACCGUCUUCCCGGUCAGAAGAGCGACUACAGCAAGGCUGCUCAAACUGGUGUAUCUUUCACUGGUGGCUACCUCGCCGGAAUUCUGUGUGCUAUUGUAUCCCAUCCCGCCGAUGUCAUGGUCAGCAAGCUGAACUCGAAUCGUCAACCUGGAGAAGCAUUUGGUAGCGCCAUGGGUAGAAUUUACAAGGACAUUGGUUUCGGUGGCCUUUGGAACGGCCUUCCUGUGCGAAUUGUCAUGAUCGGUACUCUGACUGGCCUCCAGUGGAUGAUUUAUGACUACUUCAAGAUCUUUAUGGGUCUCCCAACCACAGGCGGUGGUCCACCUCCAGCUAAGAAGCAGGAAUAA